AUGCGACCCGAUCAUCUCAUCCAUUUUCAUCCUCGAUAUCAUAUAUCUCCGAUCAUUUCACUCUUGAACUUAAAAAUCGGUUCUUCAACCAUAAAUCCACACUCAUUUCAAACAAUAAUUCUCGACCUGCUGAUCGGAAAGCUUCCUAAAUUCAAGAAUCAGAAAGUUUAGGUCAACAAUGUCAUUGGAGCCUCCGCCGUUUCAAGAAUCUGCACGCUGCGACGUUUGUAAAUGCAGUUUCAACACCUUCAGACGACGGCAUCAUUGUCGAUGUUGUGGUCGAACCUUGUGUGCUGAACAUUCAUCAGAUCAAAUGGCUUUACCACAAUUUGGUCUCCACUCACCUGUUAGAGUUUGCUCAAAUUGUUAUAAUGAUGCAUCUCGGACUGGAAAUUCUGGUGGAGCUGCUUCUGUGAAUGGAGUAAAUUCUGUGACAGAUUCGGUUUCAAGGCUAGAUAUUAGUACACCUUCAAAUUCCAAUACAAAUCAAAGUGCUGCUGUAGAUUGCAAGUGUGGAAUGCCUUUAUGUAUUUGUGAGGUGCCUUCAAAUGAUGAUGUGGCUCCUGUGCAGCCUAAACCCUUCCCCACUUCCACCAUUCCCAGUAUUUCAAAAACAAAGAAAACAGACACAGCACCAAGGAGUAGAGCUUCUUCAUCUAGCAAGUACAGUAGUGGACAAUCAUCCAACACUGACUCAGAAAAACCACUGGGAAACUAUGAAGUUAAUGGAGAGGGGUUACGGGAAGCUAUAAAGAAUGGCGACUUAUUUUCUGUCAGAAAGCUUCUUGGUGAGGGAGUGGAUGCAAAUUACUGUGACAAACAAGGAUUAUCUCUCUUGCAUCUGGCUGCGGUUUUCAACCAAACUGAGAUAGCUUUCACACUCAUGGAAAAUGGAGCAAGUCUGGACUACAAGAACUUGCAGGGGGAAACUCCACUUGAUUGUGCUCCUGUAACAUUGCAAUUCAAGAUGAAGAAGAAGAUGGAAGAAAUUAAACAAUCCAAGUAAACAUGAAUAUCAUCUUUCGACC